CCUUCAUGUAGCUGUCCAUGUAGUAACUGUUGUUGUUAAGUCAAGUUCCGUUUGCUUUGUGCUAGUAAAUACUGUAUCAGAUUGUAUUUGUUUGUAAAAGUGGUUGGCUCAUUAUUACCCCGUUCUGCCGAUAGGUUAGUGGUUGGAAAUGUAUUGGGCUGCAUGGUUGCAACUGGCCAAGUUAUCUUUCAAAUUGGAAGUGGUUUGACAGCUCGCUGCUUAUGCCUUGCCCACGAAGGCGCCCCAACAACGGGACAUGUCGCGACGGAGUAUGAGGCUGGUUUUAGGGGGAUACUACAACCAAUCCUCCGAGGAUGACGAAUCCUCCUCAGUUUCCUACAGGGAGAGCCCUGUGAGGGUCUUUACCAAGAGGAAGAGAGGGGGUCAUAAAGUGGCCUCCUCUCGUACCUCCAGCCGGGCCAACAGCGUGGCUAGCACUGCUAGCACGAUGGAGCCACCCAGUAAUGCUGAGGACUACAUUGUGGUCUCAAGUUUGGCUCAGAGGAGGAAGACCUUCCAGGAGCCUCAAAGUGUGGCUCCAGCACCAGCCCCCAGCCUGAAUCUGGCUCCUAGCCCCAGGGGCUUCCCCUCCUGCCAGACCAGCCUUAACCAGGCCCAGAGCCAGAGCAGCGCCGUGGACAGCUCUGGUUACUCCUCUUCAGAGGCAAGAUGUUUCAAAGGAUACUCUGGAUACACCUCUUUAUACGGACAAAGGGCUAGCGCCAGCCAGAGCUCUGGCGCCAACAGGAAAAGCGCCAGCGCCAGCUGGACCCCCCCGUUUGUCCCUGCCGGUGUGGGGAAGGCCAUUCUAAUUGCCUUCCUCCUCCUCCUGACUUUUGGUCUAUUCUGCUUCUCUCUGCAAGGCUGCUGGCACCUUGCACCCUUAGUAUGGUCCACCCUGACUCCGACUAUGACCCUGAACCGACCAGUCAUCACCCCGACUCCACCCCCUGUCUUCAGUCUGCCUCCCAAGGCUAUGGAUGGCGCGUCGGUAUUUAAUUCUGCUUUGGAAGCCAAGAUGAACACCAUCCUGACAGAAAUAGAAAUACUUAAGAAAGACCACCAGCAGAAAUUUGUUACCGAGAUGGUAGAGAGACUACAGACAGACUUGACAGACGUGAGGACAGACAUGAGGAAUGUGACAGUGAGAGUGGACAGUGUGGAUCCUUUGGAUUGGGACCGUCGUUUGAGCCAGCAGACAGCCGGCUUCACCAGUCAGGUAGACGACCUCAAGGAGCAACACACACACAUCAGGGGGAGAGUCGCUGCCCUGGAGGACCAGACUGCCACGCUGCAGCAACAGGUCUACUCUGUCCAGAACCAGCCUCCUCCAGAGCCCAGCCCCACCAAAGCCGACGCACACCUGACCACCGAGCUCAAAGAGGCCAUGGCCAAAUGGCUGCAUGAGAAUGUGCCCCAGAAUGAGCCACAGGUAGUGAAAGAGAUAGUGAAGUACUGCAGUCCUCCAUUGGCCGACAGGAUGCCGGACUUUGCCUUAGAGUCCCAAGGUGCCAGCAUUGUGAGCACGCGGUGUUCCGAGACGUACCGCAGCCGCUCGGCAUGUGUGACCUUCCUGGGUAUACCUCUCUGGUACCCCUCUGAGAGCCCCCGCACCAUUAUCCAGGGCCAGCCUGUGCAGGCUGGGAAGUGUUGGGCGUUCCACGGUGCGCAGGGCACCUUAGUCAUCGCCCUGUCUCAUCCCGCUCGCAUCACCCACGUCACCCUGGAACACCUGCCUGUAUCCACCGCCCCCACCGGGCGCAUCAACAGCGCCCCCAAGGCCUUCUCUGUCUAUGGUAUGUCCACCGAGACAGAAGACGGCACCUUCCUGGGAACCUUCACUUAUGACCAGCAUGGAGAGCCAAUCCAAACCUUCCAACUGCCCAACCCUACCAGGGCCAUCUAUCGCUAUGUGGAGCUGCGCGUUCUGAGUAACUGGGGUCACCUAAAGUACACGUGCGUGUACCGCUUCCGUGUUCACGGACACAUGGCCCCAUCCUCCAUAUGAGAAGGGUUCACCGUCCACCAUCUACCCCAACCGCAGACCUCAGAGAGGCUACGCUUUCAUGUUCCGUCAACAUCAUGACGGAACAGUCUAAAUAAAUCCCUCUGGUUUCAUACACGGGCUUCUGUCUAGUGCGAGGUUAGAGGUCGUGAGGUUAAAGAUCUAUAGUGAUUUUUUUAUUUUUUUUGGUGCUGACCUGGUGGGAGUGAGGGGAUGGGUUUUUCUGAGAUUGAAGUUUGUGUGCGUGUGCUUUUGAGCAUAGAUGGUUUGUUUGCAUUUUGUCUGGCCACAGCAGACAGACAUUUCAGAUUGUACCUUGAAGGUGUGUGUAUAACAGUCCUGCCUGUGUUACUGGACUUUUAUUCAGUUAUUUUUUCUUUUUGUCUUUUAUACAAAAGUUGAAUUAUGUUGAGAAA